CCUGCAGCAGCUCCUCUGCACCGCGUGCGGUUUCCGAGCCUCACCAUCGCGGUGACUGACCGAGACGAAAACUGUCAGCUCUCUGAAAAGAGAGCACUUUAAUAAAACAGAGCAGUUUCAAACAUGCUCGUUCUAUUUGAAACCGCCGCUGGAUAUGCGAUAUUCAAAGUCCUAAAUGAAUCAAAGCUGCAGCAGGUGGACAGCCUGUACAAGGAGUUUGAGACUCCUGAAAAAGCCAACAAAAUUGUGAAACUGAAACACUUUGAGAAGUUUCAGGACACGACGGAGGCACUGGCAGCUGCCACCGCUCUGGUUGAGGGAAAAAUCAGCAAAAGUUUGAAGAAGAUCCUGAAGAAAGUCGUGGCCAAGGAGGCUCAUGAGGAGCUAGCCAUCAGCGAUGCUAAACUGGGUGGAGUUAUUAAAGACAAGCUGGACCUGAACUGCGUCUACAGCCCCGCAGUAGCCGAGCUGAUGAGAUGCAUCAGGAGCCAGAUGGAGAGUCUGAUCUCUGGACUUCCUCCCAGAGAGAUGAGCGCCAUGUCUCUGGGCUUGGCUCACAGUUUGUCCCGCUACAAGCUGAAGUUCAGCCCGGACAAAGUGGACACGAUGAUCGUUCAGGCCAUUUCCCUCCUGGACGACCUGGACAAGGAGCUUAAUAACUACAUCAUGCGCUGCAGAGAGUGGUACGGCUGGCACUUCCCCGAGCUGGGGAAGGUCGUCACGGACAACCUAGCUUACUGCAAAACCGUCCUCAAAGUCGGUGAUCGUACAAACGUGUCCAGCACCGAUCUGUCAGAAAUCCUCCCUGAGGAGAUCGAGGCUGAGGUGAAGCUAGCUGCUGAGAUCUCCAUGGGAACAGAAGUAUCCGAACAGGACAUCGACAACAUCCGGCACCUGUGUGAUCAGGUGAUUGAGAUUUCAGAGUACCGCGCUCAACUCUAUGACUACUUGAAAAACAGGAUGAUGGCGAUCGCCCCCAACCUGACGGUGAUGGUAGGAGAGCUGGUGGGGGCUCGGCUCAUCUCACAUGCCGGGUCACUCCUGAAUCUGGCUAAGCACCCGGCCUCCACGGUCCAGAUCCUCGGAGCAGAGAAGGCUCUGUUCAGAGCGCUGAAGACCCGUAAGGACACACCCAAGUACGGUCUGAUUUACCACGCCUCCUUAGUGGGUCAGACCACGGCCAAGAACAAAGGAAAGAUUUCCAGAAUGUUAGCGGCUAAAGCGGCGCUAGCUAUUCGCUAUGACGCUCUAGGAGAAGACACCAACGCAGAAAUGGGAGCAGAGAACCGAGCCAAGCUGGAGGCUCGGCUGCGCCACCUAGAGGAUAAAGGAAUCAGGAGAAUCAGUGGAACGGGCAAAGCGAUGGCCAGGGCAGAUAAAUAUCAGCAUAAGAGUGAAGUGAGGAUUUAUGACCCCUCUGGGGACUCGACCAUCCCGUCCACCUCCAAGAAGAGGAAGAUUGAGGAGGUAGAGGAGGAGACCCCGGAGCCCGUAACACCAGUGGUUAAAGCCAAAAAAAUCAGAAAGGAGCCAGAAACAGAAGAAACUGAAACGGCAGCAGAAGCCGCAGAGCCACCCAAGAAAAAGAAGAAGAAGAAAGACAAAAGUGCAGCAGAACUGGAGGAGCCAAAGGAGGAGGAGGAGGAGGUAGCAGUCAGUGAGACCACAGGGAAGAAGAAGAAGAAGAAGAAAGACAAGAGCGUAAGAGAACUGCAGGAGCCAAAGGAGGAGCCAAAGGAGGAGGAGGAGGAGGUAGCUGUCGGCGAGACCUCAGAAAAGAAGAAGAAGAAGAAAAAGAAGGUGAAAGAAGCGGAAGACGAGUGAAGAGAUGAAACUAUGUAAAUAUUUUUUGUUUAUUAUUUUAUUAUUUUUGUCCCAAAUGUUUACCUGUAGAGGAAAAGUCUGUUUCCUGCCACGAUGAACAGCAGAGUCAUCUUUUUAUCCAACAACCUCUGGAAAGCCAAGAGCCAAUGUGUUUUAUUUUUAAAAACUGAAUCUGUGCCUUGAUGGAAUAAACCGAUUUUCCUGCUGUAA